AUGGCCUCCAAAGGUCCCCCGAGGAAGCGAAAAGAUCCUGGCGCUCCCGUUUCCCCUCCGCCCCUCAAAAAAGCUGUCAAGAGCACGACGACAAAAUCCGUCGUCGCGAGCUUCUUCACUCCAGCCUCCCAGAAGCCAAAAGAACGAACGAUAUGGUCAGAACGAGGCCCCUCCGAUGACGUUCCCGCAACCCUCCUGGUAGGCAGAUACCAGCCCGAGAAACAAGACGACACAGCCCACCAGAAGCGACGAAAGAUUGCCGCAUUUGACCUCGAUUCGACGCUCAUUACUACAUCGUCGGGAAAGAAGCACGCUUCCAAUGCAGCCGACUGGAAGUGGUGGGACAGUAGAGUCCCUGGUCGGCUGCGAGAGCUGUAUGAAGAGGAAAACUACCACGUCGUGAUUCUCUCCAACCAGGCUGGAUUGACGCUGCACUUUGAAGCAAACUACAAGGGACCAAAGGCAUCUGCUCAGAAGCGUGUCGCGGAAUUCAAACAAAAAUGCAACGCUGUGCUCACAAGUCUCGACCUCCCCACAUCUGUCUAUGCAGCCACAGCAAAGGAUAUCUAUCGAAAGCCCAGGAUAGGCAUGUGGAAAGAACUCUGCGAUGACCUUGAGAUUCCUGAAGAAGAGGUGGAUCUAAAAGGAAGCUUCUUUAUCGGCGAUGCAGGGGGUCGCAUCGCUGUUCUUGGCAAAGGAGACGGUGGUGCUGCUGCAGCAAUAGCAAAGGACUUUAGCUGUUCCGACAGGAAUUUCGCACACAAUGUUGGCAUCGACUAUCUAACACCCGAAGAGUUUUUCCUGGGAGAGAAGCCCAGAGACUUCAUUCGGGAGUUUGACCUAGUAAAUUUUACACUCCCAGACGAAGACGGAGAAGCCGACACUGCCAAUGACCUGUUUGAGAGGAAAAACGACCAAGAUGUCGUCUUAUUCUGCGGCCCUCCCGGAGCGGGCAAGAGUACAUUUUAUUUCAAAUGUCUCAAGCCGCUCGGGUAUGAACGAGUGAAUCAAGAUACUCUAAAGUCCCGCGACAAAUGCAUCCAAGCUGCCAGAGAUUUGCUCAAAGAGGGCAAAUCUGUAGCUGUUGACAACACCAACCCAGAUCCCGAUACGCGGGCUUUGUGGAUCGAGGUGGCAAAAAAGGCAGGCGUUCCAAUCCGGUGUGUCUGGUUUUCAACGCCAGUAGUAGUAUGUGAACAUAACGAUGCAGUUCGAGCGAACAAUGCUACACUCAAUCCGGAGAAGAGAGAGAUCCUGCCUAAGCUGGCCUUUACUGGAUUUGCAUCAAGGUUCAAAGAGCCAAAGGAAAAAGAAGGCUUUCAGGAUGUGACCGAGGUAAAAUUUCAAUUCCGAGGCACUAAGGAGGAAUACGCCCUCUGGGGUCGAUAUUGGAUAUGA